CAUGCGGAACCUUCGCUUGGUUCUCGCGAGGCUUCGCCUUCCCCGGAAGCCCUGGAAGACCUUCCCUGUUAACUGCGUUGCAAUGUGUGGAGACUGUGUGGAGAAGGAAUAUCCCAAUCGGGGUAACAUCUGCCUGGAGAAUGGAUCUUUCUUACUGAACUUUACAGGCUGUGCAGUGUGUGGUAAGCGGGAUUUUAUGCUAAUCACAAACAAAUCUUUGAAAGAGGAAGAUGGAGAAGAAAUAGUUACCUAUGAUCAUUUGUGUAAGAAUUGUCAUCAUGUAGUAGCCAGGCACGAAUAUACAUUCAGUAUCAUGGAUGAAUUUCAGGAGUACACCAUGCUGUGUUUGUUAUGUGGCAAAGCUGAAGAUACUAUCAGCAUUCUCCCUGAUGACCCCCGACAGAUGAGUCUGUUAUUCUAAGGAUCCUUCUGCAAUUCUGUUGUAACUGUGUUGUGUUGGUUUACAAUACAACAAGCCUGAUGGUUUGUCUUACUUAGUUUAUAAUGGAAAUCAUUUGCAUAUUUUUUUCUGCCUGGACUUACCUAUUCUUUGAAAGAAAAGAAGUAAUUUAGGGGAUUAGUGUUCUCUAGAGCUGAGAGUCUUUCUGAAAUUCCUAGUUCACAUCAGUGCAGCCAGAAUGGGAGCACACCUAGUGCCCAGACCUUGGUUCUGGUACAAGGAACCAGGGCUGCUUGGAGAAAUGACUUAUUCUAGGACUGGAGCUAUAAAUAUACAAGAUGAACUUGGAACAUCUUGUACCACAGAAAAAGAAAGUGCUUAGAAAGAAUCACAAUGAUUGGGUGUGUCAGAAGGACAAAAGAGCCAGCUGGAGGAGCUCCCGGUGACCAAAGCUGGAACAAUUUGAAUAAAAAAAUAACAUUGGAUUAUAACCCAAGCUAUAAAGCAAAUAAUGCAUGAGUCCAUACUGAUAUAAACAAAUGACUGAAUAAAUAAAUACACAAGUUAGAAUAGGCAAAUCUCCCAUACAAAAGAUUUUCAAAUAAUGAAUGUAAGUACUCCCCACUCCUUAAAUGUGGGUUUGUGGUGACUUCCUUCCGGAGUAUAGUAUAGAAAGGGGAAACAAACACUAGCCAAGAGCAAGAUUAACAUCGUCGGUGAUAAGCCAUGUAAUAGCAUGUAUCGUUGAUAUGAUGUGAUAAGAAUGGCUCUUUACCUUUGUAGCAUUCCUCACCAAAACCUAUAACUCCAGUCUAAUCAUGAGAAAAA